AUGGCGUGUGAGAGUGAGACCGAUCGCACCGACCUCACCCCAAGCCAGCUCCACGACCUCCUCACCACCUGCGUUAACUCAACCAACUUCCGAGAGCGGGACAAAUUCUUUGAACAAUACCUCAAUAGCUGCUCCUUCCAUCACCCCAAAAUCAAGUCGUCUGUCAACCGAGCCCAUGUUCGCAGGGUCUACAACAUCUGCGACAAGGAACACCUCGCCAAAGAACUGCACCACAUCUCCACAGCAUUUCAACGAAACGGCUACAAGCCUCAGCAGAUCAAGACCCAACGUAUCCUGAGCAAGUAUGACAUCAAGGUAUUCCACACAGCCCCUCUCAAGAUCCGUGGCAUGCUGACAUCCCACAAGGACCUACAAGAUCCGCACCACCGACCAGGGGUGUACAAGAUCCCCUGCCAAUGCUGUAAAGAGUAUAUCGGCGAGACUGGUAGGGACCUCCCCACCAGACUCAAAGAACACCAAGCUCAUUGCAGGAAGGGAGAGUAUGAGAAGUCCGGAACAGUCGAGCAUUCCCACUCUGAAGACCACCGCAUCAACUGGGACCAAGCCAACCUCAUCACCAGCAUCCAGCACUGGUACCCAAAACGCAUCAGAGAAGCCUUGGAGAUCCUCAAGCACGACAUCGUUCCCCAAGACAUUGGCAUUUCCAUCAGUGACAUCUGGCAACCCCUGCUCACCUCCUAG